CAUGGUUGGAGUAUUUGAUAUAGGGCGUGCUGGCUUGAAUUCUACCAUCGAGGCCAAAUGCGCCCCAGAAGCCGUGACGAUUUUACAAUCGCGAUCAUUUGCGCUCUUCCCUUAGAGGCAGACGCCGUCGAAGCGCUUUUUGAUGAAACAUAUGAUCGACUAUGCAGAUACUACGGUAAGCAGAAAGGCGAUGUUAAUGCAUAUCUCAAUGGAAGGGUUGGUAAGCACAAUGUGGUUCUUUGUUAUAUGCCAGGAAUGGGAAAUUGUAGUGCAGCUAGUGUCGCCUCAAGCUUGAGGGUUAGCUACACCAAUGUUCAACUGGCCCUGGUUGUUGGAAUAUGCGGAGGUGCCCCAACGACAGCCAAUGGUAGGCAUAUAUAUCUUGGAGAUGUAGUCAUCAGUGACGCCCUGAUCGAAUACGACUUUGGCCGACAGUACCCUGGGGGUUUCCAAAGAAAGACCGGUGUCAAUGACACGCUAGGCAGACCUAGUCGAGAGAUCCGAUAUCGUUUAAACGAUCUGAGGAAACCCCUUGUUUGUGCCAAAUUCCAUUCCCAGAUAACGCAAUAUUUCGAACAACUACAGGGAAUGGAGGAAGGGUGGUGCCACCCAGGUAUUGAGGAUUUCCUCUUUAACAGUGCAUAUCUACACAAGCACAACAAAAGGGAUGUUCAUUAUGAUGGCGACUGCACUCUAUGCAGUCGCCCAAGUCAGAUCUGUGAUGAUGCGCUGGGAAGUAGCUGUGAUGAUCUUGGAUGUGACCAAAGUCAAGUCAUACGUCGUCGACAGCCCUCUUAUUUGGACCAAGUCUCUGCGCAUAUCGGAAGAGUUGCUUCCGGUGAUAUGGUCAUGAAAUCUGCCCAACAUCGUGACGCGAUCAUCGAGAGGGAAAAGGUGAUCGGUUUUGAGAUGGAAGGAGCAGGAGUAUGGGACAAUGUUCCCUGCAUCAUAAUCAAGGGGGUCUGCGACUAUGCGGACAGCCACAAAAACAAAUUAUGGCAAGCCUACGCUGCAGCGACUGCCGCCUCCACCGCAAAGGCUUUCUUAGAACACUGGACGUCUCAGGCACAGGAAAGCCUCUUGGACACCAGUAAUACUUACCACUUCAUGGUCCCGUUUUCGAGAAAUCCACGCUUUCUGGGUCGCAAAGACAAAAUCAAACAUUUAUGGAGCUUACUUUCGGCACCGGAAGGACCAAGAAGACUCGCUAUUACAGGAUUAGGAGGUAUUGGUAAGACGCAAAUAGCGCUGGAGCUGGCCUAUCUAAUGCGCGAACAUGAUGCUGAAUGCUCAGUAUUCUGGAUACCAAGCACCAGUGACGAAGCUAUCGAGCAAGCUUGUAUAGCCAUUGCGCAACAGCUGGGGAUCCAGUAUACCAAGCCAGAUGAGGCGAGCGAGGAGUGGGUAUUGAUCUUCGAUGGCGCCGAUGACAUGGAUAUGUGGAUGAACGGCAACGGUACAACUGCGUCUCUCAGGGAUUUCCUUCCCUCCAAUAGACGCGGCCGCAUCAUCUACACUACUUGCAACCGGAAAUUAGCUGUGAAGCUUGCAUCGCGUGAUGUGAUAGGUGUGGGAGAUCUUGAUGAAGUGGUCGGAGUGGAACUAAUGGAGAAAGCCUUAAUCCAACAAGAUCUGGCUCAAGAUAGGAAUGCUGUGGCCUAUCUUGUGAAGCAGUUAGCCUUCCAUCCAAAGGCUAUUACACAAGCUACCGCAUAUAUGAACGAAAAUUGGAUAGGAGUGUAUGAUUAUCUGAUGCUUCUCCACGAGCAGGAAGGAGACGUCGUGGAGCUUCUGAGUGAGAUUUUCGAAGAUUAUGGGAGCUACGAGGCUUCUGACAAUCCAAUAGACCUGACUUGGUUUGCCUCGUUUCGUCAAAUCGAGAAGCUUGACUCGCUGGCUGCCGAGUGCCUCUCACUUUUGGCCUGUCUAAGUCAUCAAAGUAUACCGGAAUCAUUUCUUCCACGACCAGUGUCGAGAAAGAAGAUGGUUGAAGCACUUGGGCUUCUAAGUGCCUAUUCAUUCAUUACCAUACUACCAGGUGAUAAGUGCAUAACCAUGCAUCGUCUGGUGCAUCUAGCAGCUCGGCAUUGGUUGAGGAGUCAGGACCGCAUGGAACUUUACACGCACAAGGCAGCAGAGCGGCUGAGUGAAGCCAUGAACAACGACCAUAUCAACCAAAAGCAUCGGAGACAAUACGUACAGCACGCUGAAUUUUUACUUCAUGAACUUCAUAGUAUGGCAGUCCAGGCGCAAUGGAACAUGCGUAUCAGGUCUGGUGGUGAUGAAAGGGGAGCAGAAGAAGAGGAACUGCUUGUGCAAGGAACGGAUACAUUAUCCCCAUAA